UCAAGAUGGUUUUCUGUGAUAUCUGACAAUAACACGACGGGCAGUGCACGCGUCUACCGAAGGAUGGAUUCUUUGGUGAAGACAGGGGUACCCGUGUUUCUGCUUGCGACGCCCUUAAAAGCUUACACGCUGACACAUUCAAAAAUGGAGAACGGAAAUCUGCGUGCCCAUUACACGAAGACGACGAUCAAAGCCGGCGAGAUAUUGCGGCUCGUAGCGGUCUUUCAGGAUACGAGGAGAUGCAGCUCGGUCUCCUUCGGGAUUUCCGGCGGAUAUCCCGAAAAGGACCAAUACGCCCAAUGCAUCGAUCUUCAUGGACGAGACUUUCCGGUGUCGACCAGAGGCGAGUUUUACGCGAUCUGUCGAAACGGAAGCGUCGAUACCGGAAGUGACGCGGUACUUUACAAGGUUCAGCAUCUCGCCAAGAGACAGUUGCCUCUUAAAGUACGAUUGAUAGCGGGACCGCUGCCCGUGCCGUUGCCGAAGGAAUACGGCGGUCUAAUGCAGUUGAAAACGUCGACGCAAGGUCCAAUAGUUUUGGGCUGCGUAGUUCCGGAAAGACCGGUGCAUAAUCCGGAAAUGCUUGAAUUAGUUGCAUCCGGGAACGGUGCGCCGAGAGUGCGAAGGGCUAAAUUGGGUUACCCUUCGGAGGUGAGAUUGCUGGCCUCCCCAAAAAUUCAACGAUUACUAUCAGCCUGCAGCCGAGCGGUCGAGGAUCGUGCAAUCGAGCCACGAGUGGCGCACGUGAAACUGCAUCCGCCGACAGCUGAGAGUUUGAAGGAGAUGCAUCUGAAGAAGAUCAAGCCGAAGUCGGAGACUAAACCGAUUCUGCAAAGUCUAAAGGAUGGACUGGUACACCUGAAGCGGAACACGGCGAAAGAAUGGAACCAACAGACCAAGCAGAACACCGGAAACGGCAUUCUUGAAAGAAUCUCGAAACUCGCUCAAAGCAGCAGAAACCGCAAUCCCGCGAAGAAAUCGGCCUCGUUCACGUUCGCGGUAAGACCGGAAAUAGCCAUGAGAUCUCAGGAACGUUACUCCAGUCUGGAACCGGAAACUACCUCCCAUCAGACUCGUCAGAAUCAAAACGCUAAGCAACCGGUACAGAGAUCCGUAUCGACCAGCGUGUUGGAGGUACCGACGUGCAUCGAACUGCAGCCCAACUACUCCCGUGUGAGGGACAGCCUGACACCAUUGCCGUUACCACCGAAGCUGGUCAGGACCAGCAACAAAAAUGAGGAGAUCUACGCCGAGAUCUGCGAUACCGUGAUGGUAGACCAGGUACAAAAAUGUCCAGGAAGCCACGUAAUGGCGCGAAUCAGGAUCGUCAUGCAGGGCCAUGAUUCGUCCUUAGAAACGCGCAAUGUGAUCGGCAACGAGAGGUACGCGAACUCGAUGGUGAUGAGCGAGCAGAUCGACUCCAUUAUCAGUACAGAGGACGCAAUGAUCUAUAACACCGUGUUCUGAGAUUAUCGAGUCAACGUACAAAUCGCUAUGAUGAUGCUCAUAAUAAUACGAAAACGACCAAAAAAAGAAUUUAAUUGUAACUUGCAGCAGCGACAUGUGAAAUUUUUAAAGUGUAGGCAAACCGCUGUGUUCAUCGAUCGACUUUCUAUUCACUGUUUCGAGGAAUGUAUUAUAUUACAU